CGACUCAGGACAACACGAACCCCGUUUUUUUGUAUAGUAUCGCGAGAAGAGAACGAGCUCUGAGUGUGUGUGUGUGUGCGUGCGUGUGUGCGUGCGACGCUGCGUGGGGGUGUUCGCCUGAUGUCAUUAGGCAGAAAGGGAGGCUGAGCUAACGGUGGGCACACGGGUGGAAAGCAUAACAAUAACGUUACCGUUGUACAGUCCACAUUGGGACCUAUAAUGUCUCUUUGGAUUUAAGUACGCAGCGUUAAAAACCGGGUCCAGUCUUCUCACCGUGGUCCGAAGAAGCAGAGGAGGAGGUAAAGGUGGCUAACAGACUUAAAGAGCCAGAUGCUAUUCCAGCGGAGAAGGAGAACGGGCUCGAAUAAGCAAGAGAGGGUGAUGGGUUCUCGUUUUCCCGACGGCUAACGUUAGAGCUUCGCUACAAACACGGACACUGCGAAGUGAGGGGGACUUGCUUUGCGUCUUCUCCACCUCCGUCUGUGUGACAUUGCGUCUGAAAUGCUAGUGCAGUCGCGGUCUCGGCCGUCGAGCAGCCUCUGGGCCGCACCUCGGCACACCGAGCCCGAAUCUGGGAAGUAGCUAGCUAGCUAUCUGCUAGCCGCAGCUGUACCCGAUGCUGCUGCUGCGGCUGCUGCUGCUGCUAAACGGAUCCGAAAGACGACACAAGCGGUUCAGGGCCCUGGCGCUGAGUGAGCUAUUGUUUUACCGCACUGGACUACAACGGACAUUUGAGAUGUGAUGCUUUUGUGCGUCGUAUUUGAGCCUUUUGUAGCUGGAGGCUCUCGCUUGCUUGACGCGAAGGAGCUAACGUUGCUGCAAAAUGCACAGCAGAACCACGGCAGCAGGCUCCCGCUGAAGGGGGCGAGGUUAGACUGAUAACAGCCCACCCUGUGUCUCAACACUCGGGGUCACAUUUUGGACAACGACCACCACAUUUUCCCCCCGCGUCAUUCACCGCUUCAUCAGCUGGCGAUAUGGAUAAACUAACGAUCAUUUCAGGGUGCCUGUUUCUGGCAGCAGAUAUCUUUGCAAUAGCCAGCAUUGCAAACCCAGACUGGAUCAACACUGGUGAAUCAGCAGGUGCCCUUACAGUCGGUCUAGUCCGGCAAUGUCAGACCAUCCACGGACGAGACCGAACCUGUAUUCCACCACGGCUGCCCCCGGAGUGGGUCACCACACUUUUCUUCAUCAUCAUGGGCAUCAUCUCCCUCACAGUCACCUGUGGACUGCUGGUGGCUUCACACUGGCGCAGAGAAGCCACCAAAUACGCCCGCUGGAUCGCCUUUACUGGCAUGAUCCUGUUCUGCAUGGCGGCACUCAUCUUCCCCAUAGGCUUCUAUAUCAACGAGGUGGGAGGCCAGCCGUACAAGCUGCCCAACAACACAGUGGUCGGCUCCUCGUAUGUGCUGUUUGUCCUCUCCAUCUUCUUCACCAUAGUGGGACUUCUGUUUGCAGGCAAAGUUUGCCUCCCAGGCUGAGGACUCGACCAUGCCCGCCUCUGGACUGACACGAGAGGCUCUGAAAAUUUUAUGGGAUUUACAAAAACACACAAUGACUGAAAAUCAAAAACAACAAACUCUGGCCAGAAGCCUGAAACAGGGAAGUCUCUGAUUAUGUGUCAAGGGAUCGCAGCACCACGGAGUACCUAACAACAAAAAAAAUGACAACGCAUAAAUGAACUAAACACUAAAGGGGGGACAUGGGCACAAACAUGUGGAGGAGUGUGAGAGAGGGCAGCCGAGGCCGUCGCAGCACCCUGUCACUGUUGAUUUAAAAUAUGGCCGCCUCUCUGUUGUUGUUCUGUUGGAAAAGGGUGCUUAAUGUGCCGCUGUCAUGGCAACUGCGGCCACAAUGCUGGCGCACAUUUCUUGAGGACCACUAGAGCCACUCCUCGACUUGACCCCCGCCCACCCGCCAGCUACCCUCAGCACACAUCUGCGCCGUCACGACCGCUCCUGUUGCUAUUUUUGGUUUCUCUUUGCUAUUUCAGUUGUGUGUUUUUUCUGUUGUUGUACAUUUUGUGUUCUUUUAUUUCUUUUUUUUCCCACCCCCCACUGCCUUUCCACUGAAGUAGCUUGAGUGUAAUUGAGGUUCACUGAACUGAAUCCUUGAGGGGAACUUUUGGGGGGGGGAGCCAGCUUGGCUUUAGAGCAGGGUAUAUUCUCGCCUGUCACUUCACGAGGCCCCAGGUGUGUGAGCUGGGGAGAGCAGCUGUGAGCCCAGCUGUCUGGACCAGCUCACAGGCUGCUGUGGACGAGAGGAAGGUGCAGGUGUGCUGCCUCUUUGUCUCCAACCAGCUGCAGCUCAGGAGCAGGUAGCAAACAAGGGGUGACCUCCCUGGACAGGCAGAACAAGAGGUCAAGUACCAUAAAGGAGAAUGCCACUCAAUGUAAGACCUUGCAUUAUGUUAUUUAUAUGGACAGCAACAGAGUAUUAGUGAGUGUAGUCAGCUAUUUUGCCAAGCUAAAGCCAUGACACUGAUACACAUCCUUUUCCAGUAACUAGAAAACUGUGAAUUUAGAGAAUAAUCAUAUGAACAUAAGCACACCUCUUUGUAUUUGUAGUAAUACUCUUAAUUCUGUACAACCACCAUUACAGUGGCUGUUGCAAAGUAUUUUUCAAAGGUGUACAUCACUGUGGUGUUUCAUUUUCGAGGGGUUGAGAUGAGCUAGUUAUAGAAGAAAUUAUUGAAUUUUAUAAAUAGAAGAUGAACUUAACUAAGGUGCGAAAAUAACAUAUGUGAAUGCUAAAAAUUGGUGGUAUUCUCCUUUAAUGUUGGACAGGAAAGCCAAGGAGCAUUUUUGGUCUUGUUUUGUACAACAGUGAAGGCACUGGGACUGCAGGUCAGGUCCAUGCGUGGGGCUGUGCCUCAGUGUGCUGCCCUUGAGGCCCGUGAAUGUAGACACACACACACACACACACACACACACACACACACACACACACACACACACGUAUAGCCACCACACUGUUUGUUCUGUGUAAAUCCACAUAUUAAGGCUG